AUGUCUUUAAUUAUGUUUUUUUCACUAAUUUUCUUCUUCAUUUCUUCUUGUUUUUCCAUCUCAAAUGGAGCUUCAUUAUACGAAUCCUUUCUCCAAUGCCUCCCCGCACAAUCAACUCCGCCGGACCCCACAUUCUCCGCCAUUGUUUACAGCUCCGCCCUCAACUCCUCCUCCUACACCACCGUCCUACAAACUUACAUCAAAAACCGCCGUUACAACACCACUUCCACACCCAAACCCACCAUCAUCAUUACUCCGAUCAAAGAAUCCCAUGUUCAAGCCGCCGUCGUCUGCGCUAGAAAACUCAAGGUCCAGAUCAAGAUUCGCAGUGGCGGACAUGACUAUGAAGGGAUCUCGUAUGUUUCAUCGGAAAAGAAUUUCAUAGUACUUGACAUGUUUAAUUUCCGAACGGUUAAUGUUAAUAUCGCCGACGAAACUGCGGUUGUUCAAGCUGGAGCUUUAUUGGGUGAACUGUAUUAUCGGAUUUGGGAAAAGAGCAAGGUGCAUGGGUUUCCCGCCGGCGUGUGUCCAACUGUUGGAGUUGGUGGACAUCUAAGCGGUGGUGGUUAUGGUACCAUGCUUCGCAAAUACGGGUUAUCAGUUGACCACGUGAUUGAUGCUCGGAUUGUUAACGUUAAUGGCCAUAUUUUGGAUCGGAAAUCCAUGGGUGAAGAUCUUUUUUGGGCUAUACGUGGCGGCGGUGGCGGCAGUUUCGGUGUUAUAUUAUCCUACACCGUGAAAUUAGUUCUGGUGCCGGAGGUUAAUACUGUAUUCCGGAUAAUGAAAACGGUGGCAGAAAACGCGACGGACCUCGUUUAUAAAUGGCAGUCGGUCGUGCCAGCCAUGGACAAUGAUUUGUUUAUCAGACUUCUGUUACAGCCGGUGACGGUGAAAAACAGUAAAACCGUUCGGGUUUCAUUUAUAGCACAUUUCUUGGGUGAUUCCGACAGACUACUGACCCUAAUGAACAAGAACUUUCCGGAAUUGGGUUUAAAAAAGGAGGAUUGUAUGGAAGUAAGCUGGAUUCAAUCGGUGCUUUACUGGGCUAACUUCGACUACAACACGACGGCGGUGAAGAUCCUCCUCGACCGCCACUCGGACAAUGUCAACUUUUUGAAACGAAAGUCCGAUUACGUUCAAACUCCGAUUCCAAAAUCUGGGUUGACGUCGAUAUUCAACAAGUUGGUUGAAUUGGGUAAAAUUGGUUUGGUUUUCAACUCUUACGGCGGGAGGAUGAAUGAAGUUCCGGCGUACGCAACUCCAUUUCCUCACCGUGCCGGAAACCUGUUCAAAAUUCAGUACUCGGUGAACUGGAAUGAUGGUGAUAAGAAACUGGAGAAGGAGUACAUGAAUCAGAGUAGGGUUUUGUACAACUUUAUGACGAAUUAUGUGUCGAAGAAUCCAAGAGGUGCAUUCUUGAACUACAGAGAUCUGGACAUCGGAGUGAUGACCGGAAGCGGUAGGAAUGGCUACAACUCCGGCAAGGUUUAUGGGGAGAAGUAUUUCAUGGGGAACUUCAUGAGAUUGGUGAAGGUGAAGACGGCCGUUGAUCCUGACAACUUCUUUCGGAAUGAACAGAGCAUCCCUACUCUGGUGGCCGGCAAGCCCAGGAAGAUGACGACAUUAGUUUAGAAUCUAAUUGUGGGUCCUAUUUAAUUAACCAACCGAACUAUAAUUUUAUAUAUAUCAUAUGUGCCA